AUGUGGCUACGGUCUGCUCCGGCAGAUGAGUCGAAGCAACCUAUGGAUUCUGCCUCAUCUCCGUCAGGUUCCUUAUCAAGGAAAACUCACGGGGGGUCUCCUGAGAAAACAGCCACUAGGGAUAUAACGCUGGAACCUCCAGAACAGUCCAAACAAAUAGAGCCUGCGUCUUCUACAUCGGCAGAGUGUAGCAGUCCGGCUCCACCUCAGUUAGAUCGCGCCUCUUCCAUCGAUUCAGUGAGCAUGCCCAGUCAACUAUCCACGGCAGCCACGACACCGGAUCCACAAUCGAGCUAUUACCACGGUUUGGUCGAACCGCACUUCAAUUUUUCCAUGCCUACGUUGCGUGUUGGCUCACAUUAUGAUGGUGUCUCAGGCAGUGACUACCCGUCCCAUAGUUCCUCAGGUUGGUUACUUCCAAGCGUUGCACUCCGUAUUGUUGUAUAUAUAUAUAUAUAUAUAUGA